UUUCGCGAGGUUAUUUAAAGUGGAAAAUCUAGCUUCAUGCCUCUCGUUCUUUCGCACCUUCCGCGGCGGCUCGCUGCUUUAGCGCACGCUACGUCAACAACACGUUGUCAUUCGUGGAAUUUAUCACCGGUGUCCGCAAGCCAGCAACGCCAGCGUUCUCGCGGUUUCCAUUCCAGCAACGGUGAAAGCAAAGUCCAACAGAAACGUGCCCGCGUUUGCCUCCCGCCUACUAUCGCCACUUCUUUCCAGCGACACUUCUCCGGAACGCAAUCUCGACUUUCCACAAAGAUGACCGCCAGCAAAUACCAGAUCUCGGAGCGGGGAGCUCCCAAUUCGACCGACUACCGGGUGUUCUUUAAAAACGAAAAUGGACAGGCCAUUUCACCGCUGCACGACAUUCCACUGUACGCCAAUGAUGCCCGCACCGUGUACAACAUGGUGGUGGAGGUGCCACGCUGGACGAACGCCAAGAUGGAAAUCAGUCUGGGCGAGGGCCUGAACCCGAUCAAGCAGGACGUCAAGAAGGGCAAGCUGCGUUUCGUGGCCAACUGUUUCCCGCAUCACGGCUACAUCUGGAACUACGGUGCGUUCCCGCAGACCUGGGAAAACCCGGACCACCUGGACGCGAACACGAGCUGCAAGGGUGAUAACGAUCCGAUCGAUGUGCUCGAGAUUGGGUCACGCGUCGCUCGACGCGGUGAUGUGCUGCAGGUGAAAAUCCUUGGCACGAUUGCGCUGAUCGACGAGGGUGAGACCGAUUGGAAGGUGAUCACGAUCAGCGUGAACGAUCCGCUCGCUGACCAGGUGAAUGACAUCAACGACGUAGAGACGGUAUUCCCGGGUCUGCUAAAGGCAUCGGUCGAGUGGUUCAAGAUCUACAAAAUUCCGGACGGCAAACCGGAGAACCAGUUUGCGUUCAAUGGCGAGGCAAAGGAUGCUGCGUUCGCUAUCAAGACGGUCGAGGAGACGCACCGCUUCUGGCAGCAGCUUGUCAACAAGGAAGUGGAAAACAAUGGCAUCUCUUGCCUAAACACCACCGUCGAUGGAUCUCCGUAUCUGGUGGCAAACGAUGCUGCAAACGAGGUGUUUGCCAAGAGCUCGGAUGGUGGUAAUCCAGAGCCACUCAGUGAGACACUAGACAAAUGGCACUUCCGCCUGGAGAACAACUACUCCAAGCUGUAGGUCUUCGGCCGGUGGCACAAUGCAGUGCGACGUAGCUAGCGCAAAUGCAAGUAGGCUAUUGUGCACUUCGAAACAGUAGAGUUGAUAAAUGGCAUUACAUUACGCUCAAAUAAGGUGCCAAGCAGAGCAGACACUCGAGAUUGGAAGCAUUAUUGGCAAACGGAUGCAACUCAUCGCAACAGAAGCAGGCAACAUUACACCCCCACGCGCACGCACCUCAUACACAGUUAGUGAAAUUGUAAAAGGCACCUCAUCCUUAACGGCACAGAAUGGUGUCCCCCGAUUGGCGAUUUUUUAAUUUAUUUAUCGGUAGGCAGUGCACCCUGCCAGUGCCACAGCUAGAAGUGAGACAACGAGCAAUUAAAGUAGGCAGCGGGCGGAAUCGAGGUGUAAGCAUUUAAUAAACUGCGUACAAAGCAGCUAAUCCGGCGGA